UUAUAAAGCUUGUGUCUAGCCUCUCUUCCUGUUUGCUGUAGAACUUAGUUGCUGGGUCUGCAUUUCUUUUCCACAGACAAGUAUCUUCCUUAGCUAAUUGAGCCUCCUUCUCUGGUGAUUAUGAUUUGGUGGAAGAAGACCUCAGGCAUAAAGUCCCAAUCCUACCCUGAUUCAGAAAGAUCCUUUUAGAAGAACUCUCGGACCUUGUUUAGGGGCUUUAUGAGAACUCAUGUUUCAUCUGCCACAUGCCUAAAAGAGUCUAUUCUUCAUCCUUCCUUCAAGUUACAUGGGACAGCCUUCUGUUUCUUCCCUGUUAUGAUUGGUAUUUGAUUUUUGUUGCAGGCACAUAGGAGCAAGAUGUCAUGCAGAAGUCCAACCCUUGCCUGGUUGAUGCUGGUGGUGGUCCUGGCAUUAUUGGACAGCAGAUGUCAGGCUCAGCGGGACUGCCAAGUGAGCAGCUUCAGGGUUCAGGAAAACUUUGAUAAAUAUCGAUACGCUGGCACCUGGUAUGCCAUAGCCAAGAAAGACCCUGAAGGAUUGUUUCUUCAGGAUAACGUGGUGGCCCACUUUACUGUGGAUGAGAAUGAGAAGAUGAUUGCCACUGCCAGAGGCCAAGUAGUGCUCUUCGGUAACUGGGUCAUAUGUGCUGAUAUGAUUGGCUCCUUCACCGAGACAGAGGAUCCUGCCAAGUUCAAAAUGAAAUAUUGGGGUGUGGCCUCCUAUCUUCAGAAAGGAAAUGAUGAUCACUGGGUUGUGGCCACAGAUUAUGAUACAUAUGCUCUACACUACUCCUGCCGUAAUGUUACUGAAGAUGGGACUUGUGGUGAUAGCUACUCUUUUUUGUUUUCCCGGAAUCCGUAUGGACUACCACCUGAAGCACAAAGAAUUGUCAGGCAAAAGCAGGUGGAACUCUGCCUAGAGAAACAAUACAGGCUUAUUGUACAUGAUGGAUUCUGCCCAUAAGAACAAUGCACUUCAAGGAAAGUGGGGAAGCACAUUCUCUAUAGUUAUAAAGUUUUAAAAUGUACUGUUUUGAGGGAAGUCCUUCAAAUGGAUUCAUUUGGAUUUCAAGUAUAUUUAUCUGAAUUACGUCUUUUAUCCUUCCACCAGUCAAUAAACUGAAAUCAGUGUAAUAGCACAAUGAUUGUGUUGUGAACACGUAUUUAUGCAUUUCAGGUACAUAAUUAGUCUGUUGUAUUAACAAACCAUUAUUUAAUUUGCAACAUUUAAAAUUAUAAAUCCAAACUGUAGUAGUGUA